AUGGAUAUGGAGGAGGACGCCUCAGCUCCACUGGAACAUAAUGAUGAGAAUCCGGCAACAAAAAAGAUGAAAAAUAGAGAAGAUCCACAAACAGAAAUUCCUCCAGGGCUUUCGUUUAAGGCAGCUGUCACAAAACAGCUGAAUGGCAAAUUCACCAGUCCUCCUAGGGAGCAAAUCAAGGUGUAUGAUGACGAGGUAAUACACGAGAUUGUGGACGGGGUUGCAUCUGUGAGAUUCUUACCUCCGGUUCAAGUACGAAUGAAGGAGGCUAUGGGCUUCUCAAUUGUUGUUAGCCCUCUAGGUUGUACAGUUGGGUACACAAAGCUCUACAACAGACUCAAGCUACUUUGCCAACCAAAAGGAGCAAUGGAAGUAGCUGAUGCUGUUAAUGGGCAUUACGUGGUCAGGUUGAGUGAUGAAGAAGACUACAACAAAGCAAUACUAAACGGCCCGUGGACAAUCGGAACCGCUUAUCAAACAAACUACCUUCGAGUCUGCCCAUGGACUUUGAAAUUCAAUGCCAAAACAGAGGAUUUGUCAGCGGUAGUAACGUGGAUACAAAUUCCAGAGCUUCCAAUUCAAUAUUUCCACGAGGACAUAUUGAGGAAUGUUGUCAAAUCAAUUGGGGUCUUCAUCAAGGCGGAUCAACAUACCUUGGCGGUUCAGAACAAUGACGAGGAAGUCAACUCGGUCCAGAACAGCUCUAAUGCAUCUAAGGGUUUUGAAAUGGGCCAUCCAUCCACUCAAGUUUACAAGCCCAAACAAGGGUGUACUACAUACAAGAGGAAGAAUGAGGCUAGGGAGACACCAGUUUAUUCACCCAAGCAAGAUACAAUCAAUGGCAAAAAAGGUAAAAAUAAGGAGGUUCUUAUGGCGGCUCUAGAGGACCUUGAAGAUUUGGAUGACAACCAAACUGAGGAGCACCAGAUUGAGAUGGAUAAUAGGCGCUUCUCUGAUCUGGAGGAGGAACCUCCUGAUACCGCCAGAUCAACAAAGGGAAACGGUUUUCUGGCUCUUCAGAUUUGGUCAAAGUGGCUAUUUUACUGUAAAAGGUCUUUACCAUUUGUUAUGUGCUAG